CACACGGUUGAACGUGACGUCACUUUGGCGCCGAAUUUUUCGCCUUUGAGCGCGCGUAUUCAUCCGCUUCCGUGAGUGACAACAUCCUGGAUAAUUGCUGGAGAUUUAAUAUUCUGAAAGGAUUUUACAUUGUAUUAAACAUGCAGCGAAGUAUAGCGUCCUUUUUUCAGCCAAUGAAGUGUAAGAAGGAUGACAAGCCCAAAGAAAAAUCUGAGUUAGCUAAAAGCCCCCUCAAGCCUCAGAACAUUGAUCAGAAAUGUGAUUCCCCGGUGAAGAUGAGUAAACGGAGCCGAGCAAUCAUAGACAGUGAUGACGAAGAGCAGGUGGUGGUAAGAGAAGAGGAUCCAAAACAAAAUGGAAAGCAUACAGCCACACCUGGCAAAGAGAAGGCUGAGGACAUGACCAGUCCACAAUCACAAAAGCCCCUCGUUAGCCCCACAACCCCCACUGUUUCAGGAUCUUGUAGCACCCCCGAAAUGCCCGUUACCCCGAAUUCCACUUCACCCUCUGGCAUCCCAAAACGCAAGACUGCUCGUAAGCAGUUCCCCAAGAGGAAAUUGGACAACAGGAGUUUUGGAGAAAGAGAAAAAGGGGAUGAAGAAAAAGACACUGAAGAAGGACAGGACAGUAAGCGAGCAAAAAUGGAAGGAUCUCCUGAAAUGAAGGGGAAUAAUGAAGAGGCUAUGGAGGUCGAGCCAAAUUACAGAAAUUCGACAGGGAAAGAUCUACUGAAAACUAAGGAUGAAGGUAACAUGGAGAAUGAAAACCAGAGUGAUGAAAAGGAAACUGAACAGAAAGGAAAGAAGCAGGAAACACUCAGGAAGAAUAAUGAAACAAGAACAUUUGCAAAGGAGGAAAAAUCCAGUCCUAAAAGAGUACUGAAGAAAGAAAAACAUGCAGAGGAGGAGACGUGGGAAGGAUCUGCCAAGAAAAAAAAUUUUAGCAGUUUUUUUGCACCCAGAAAAGCUGCAGUGAAGCUGGAAAAAUCAGACGAGAAAAAUGAGGUAGAGAAAAAGGAUGGUGAGAAGCUUGAGGCUUCUUCUGCUUCUGAGAACAAGGAAAAGAAGAGUGAGAAGGACAUGGGACCUGCAAACCAGAGUCAAUAUGAUCCUUCGAAAGCUCACUACCAUCCCAUUGAUGAUGCUUGCUGGAGGAGGAGCCAGAGGGUUCCAUAUCUGGCUGUUGCUCGGACCUUUGAGAAGAUUGAAGAAGAUUCAAGCAGGCUGAAAAACAUUGAGACUCUAUCCAACCUUCUGCGCUCUGUUAUUCUACUCUCUCCAGAUGACCUGUUGUGCUGUGUGUACCUGUGUCUGAAUCAGCUUGGCCCUGCCUACCAGGGGCUAGAGCUAGGUGUAGGGGAAACAGUAUUGAUGAAGGCUGUUGCCCAGGCAACUGGGCGUCAGCUGGAUAAAAUCAAGGCUGAAGCCCAGGAAAAAGGUGACCUGGGAUUGGUAGCUGAGAGCUCCCGCAGCAACCAGAGAAUGAUGUUUGCACCAGCGAAUCUGACUGCAGCUGGCGUGUUCAGCAAACUGAAGGAGAUUGCUAACAUGAGUGGCAAUUCGGCAAUGAAUAAGAAGAUUGACAUCAUUAAGGGUCUGUUUGUGGCUUGUCGUUUCUCAGAGGCCAGAUACAUUGUACGGUCAUUGGCAGGCAAACUAAGGAUUGGCUUGGCAGAGCAGAGCGUUUUAGCAGCUCUGAGUCAAGCAGUAUGUCUGACUCCACCAGGUCAAGAAUUCCCACCAGCCGUGAUUGAUGCAGGAAGGGGAAUGAGUUCAGAGGGUAGGAGAACAUGGCUUGACGAAAAAGGACAUAUCCUUAAACAAACUUACUGUGAAAUGCCAAAUUAUGAUGUCAUCAUCCCUGUCAUGUUGAAUUUGGGCAUAGAUGAACUACCUAAUCACUGCAAACUUACUCCAGGUGUGCCACUGCGCCCCAUGUUGGCCCACCCAACUAAGGGAGUAGGAGAGGUGAUGAAAAGGUUUGAUGAGGCUGCUUUUACCUGUGAAUACAAGUAUGAUGGAGAAAGAGCACAGAUUCACAUUCUUCAGAGUGGUGAGGUUCGUAUCUUUAGCCGAAACCAAGAGGACAACACCAGCAAAUACCCUGACAUCAUUUCAAGGAUCCCACAGAUAAAGAAGGAGUCUGUUCUUAGCUGUGUGUUGGACACAGAGGCGGUUGCAUGGGACAGAGAGAAAAAGCAGAUUCAACCCUUUCAAGUUCUUACUACACGCAAAAGGAAGGAUGUGGAUGCAUCUGAUAUUAAGGUGCAAGUUUGUGUGUAUGCCUUCGACCUUCUGUACUUAAAUGGAGAGUCUCUGGUACGAGAGCCACUGAGUAAGCGUCGAGAUUUGUUACGGCAGAGUUUCAUUGAGAAGGAGGGAGAGUUUGUUUUUGCUCGUUCUCUUGACUCUGAUAACACUGAAACUAUAGCAGAGUUCCUGGAGCAGUCCAUACGAGACUCGUGUGAAGGCUUAAUGGUGAAGACCCUGGAGAAAGACGCCACUUACGAAAUUGCCAAACGCUCUCAUAACUGGCUUAAGCUGAAGAAGGACUAUCUAGAAGGUGUAGGGGACACAGUGGAUCUGUGUGUGAUUGGGGCCUAUUUAGGGAAGGGCAAGAGAGCUGGUAGCUAUGGGGGUUUCCUACUUGGCUGCUAUGAUGAGGAGAAUGAGGAGUUUCAGUCUGUCUGUAAGAUUGGAACAGGCUUCAAAGAUGAAGAUCUGGAGCAGCAUUACAAUUUUUUAAAGGAACACAUUCUGUCAAAACCCCGGCCCUACUACAGAAUUGAUCAAUCAGCAGAGCCAGAUGUUUGGUUGGAUGCUGUACAAGUGUGGGAAGUGAAAUGUGCUGAUCUGUCACUGUCUCCAGUUUACAAGGCAGCAAUGGGAUUGGUGGACCCAGACAAAGGGAUUUCUCUUCGAUUUCCUCGAUUCCUUCGCAUCAGAGAUGACAAAAAACCAGAAGAUGCUACUACAGGAGCACAGAUUGCUGAUCUCUACAGAAAGCAGCAGCAGAUUCAAAAUCAAGGUGAAAAGGCUGAUUUAGAGGAUUACUACUGAUCCUGCUGUCUCAGAUUUUUGUGUAGCUGUUUAAAGUUUAGGCAGCCUAAUUAUGUAGACUUAGAAUUGAAUGAUUCCCUUUUCUGUUUUUGUAAUUAUUUUAAAUGCAAGUACAAAUCAUAAUUGUACAUAGUGAAAAUCUGAAAUAAAAUUCUUUUUAUAAACUGUU